AAAUUCCAACAGUAGCAUUCACACACAAAUAGUGAUUAUUUUUUUAAAUGUGUUUUCAGGGUUUAGUAACUGUUGAAGAUGAACAAGCAUGGAUGGCAUCUUACAAAUAUGUAGGUGCCACAACCAAUAUACAUCCGUAUUUAUCAACAAUGGUCAACUAUGCUCAGCCUGUAAAAUUUCAAGGUUUCGAUGUAGCAGAAGGUAACAUAAAAGAACGCAAUAUUCAUCAUAACAUGUCCUCUUUCAAUGAAUCAGUUGGACUAGGGUAUUUGAAGACACAUGCAAUUGAGUUUGUAAAUUAUAAUAAACGACAAAUGAGUCGGAUAUACCCAAAGGGAGGCCGAGUGGAUUCCAGUAAUUACAUGCCUCAAAUUUUCUGGAACGCUGGCUGCCAGAUGGUCUCACUGAACUAUCAGACCCCAGAUUUAGCAAUGCAAUUGAAUCAAGGAAAAUUUGAAUAUAAUGGAUCAUGCGGGUAUCUACUUAAGCCAGAUUUCAUGCGGCGACCAGAUCGAACAUUUGACCCUUUCUCUGAAACUCCUGUAGAUGGUGUAAUUGCAGCAACAUGUUCUGUACAGGUAAUAUCUGGUCAGUUCUUAUCAGACAAAAAAAUUGGUACGUAUGUUGAAGUGGAUAUGUAUGGUUUACCCACGGACACAAUACGUAAAGAAUUUCGAACACGCAUGGUGAUGAACAAUGGUCUGAACCCUGUUUACAAUGAAGAAUCAUUUGUAUUUCGAAAGGUGAUUCUCCCUGAUCUGGCUGUCCUGAGAAUAGCAGUGUAUGAUGACAAUAAUAAGCUGAUUGGUCAGAGGAUCCUGCCUCUGGAUGGUCUGCAAGCAGGUUACAGACACAUUUCCCUGCGGAAUGAGGGCAACAAACCACUCUCUCUCCCGACAGUUUUCUGCAACAUUGUCCUUAAAACAUAUGUGCCUGAUGGUUUUGGAGAUAUUGUGGAUGCUUUGUCAGAUCCAAAGAAAUUUUUGUCUAUCACAGAAAAAAGAGCAGACCAAAUGAGAGCUAUGGGUAUUGAAACUAGUGAUAUAGCUGAUGUACCAAAUGACACUUCAAAGAAUGAUCGGAAAGGCAAAGCCAAUAAUGCCAAAGCAAAUGUGACUCCGCAGAGUAGCUCCGAACUUCGACCAAGUACAACUGCUGGCUCAGGGUCUGGGACCGAGACGAAGAAAGGUAUAGACCUUAUUCCUCAAGUGAAGAUAGAAGAUUUAAAGCAAAUGAAGGCUUACAUAAAGCAUUUAAAGAAGCAGCAGAAAGAGCUAAAUGCCUUAAAGAAGAAACAUGCCAAGGAGCACAGCGCUAUGCAGAAGUUGCACUGCACACAAAUUGACAAAGUAGUGGCACAAUAUGAUAAAGAAAAGGUAUCUUACGAGAAAAUGUUAGAGAAGGCAAUCAAGAAGAAGGGAGGAAGUAAUUGUCUUGAAUUGAAGAAAGAAACUGAAAUUAAAAUUCAGACACUAACAUCAGAUCACAAAUCUAAGGUCAAAGAGAUCGUGGCGCAGCACACCAAGGAGUGGUCGGAGAUGAUCAAUACACACAGCGCCGAAGAGCAAGAAAUCCGGGAUUUGCACUUGAACCAACAGUGUGAACUACUGAAAAAGCUGCUGAUUAACGCACAUGAGCAACAAACCCAGCAGCUAAAGUUUUCCCAUGACAGGGAAAGCAAGGAAAUGCGUGCCAACCAGGCUAAAAUAUCUAUGGAAAACAGCAAAGCCAUAAGCCAGGAUAAAUCUAUCAAAAACAAAGCUGAAAGAGAGAGGCGAGUCAGAGAACUGAACAGCAGCAACACAAAAAAGUUCCUGGAAGAGAGAAAAAGGCUAGCAAUGAAGCAGUCAAAGGAAAUGGAUCAGUUGAAAAAAGUUCAGCUUGAGCAUUUAGAAGUCUUGGAAAAGCAGAAUGAGCAGCUUUUGAAAUCCUGUCAUGCAGUGUCUCAAACACAAGGCAAGGGAGAUGCAGCAGAUGGUGAAGCUGGAAGCAGAGAUGGAUCGCAGGCCAGCAACAGUGGUCUGAAGCCUCAACAUGCAAACUGAAGUUAG